AUGAACAAACUCAGUAAUAUUGAUAUAUUAUAUUCACUCAUAGGGGUCAAUCGAAAACUCGAUAGAUUGGCUCGAGAUAUUACUUUUACACGAUCUCUUGAUUUAGUAACAAUAUCAUCAAAUGAACACAAUGACUCAAGAAACAAGUUAAUACUCAAUCGAUUUUGUUUUUAUAUCAUACCUCGAAUUCAACAAAAUAUUCAAUGUCUUAUUCUUGAUCCAUUAUUAAUAGAUCGUGUUCUUUGCAUUGGAAAUUAUCCUAAACUUCGUAAACUUACUCUUGUUAAUCUUCAAUUUGAAAUGGCAUCUCGUAUUUUCAAUGGCAAGUCAUCAUUUAUUGGUACCUUCCAACAUCAAAUUUCACAUCUUACCGUUACAAUUCAUGAUGACAGUACAGGUGAACAUAUAUCGAAAUUAUCUACAAAUGUUUUCACUACUAUCUUUAUAAUGUUUACAAAAUUGACUUAUCUCCAUUUCAAUUUAAAAAACAGUUGCCGGUAUUUACCAAAAGCAUAUGUUGAUUUACCAUCUACAACAUGUUAUUCAUUGAAUAUUGUUUAUUUGAAUGUCAUAGUGGACGGUUUUGAUGAUUGUCUUUGUUUACUGGACGGGCGUCUUAGCCAAUUACAUACAUUUAUUGUCAAAGUUGGUACAAUUAAUAACACAUCCAAGAUUAUGAAUAAGAAUACGAGAAUUCUAUUUAAUCUGAAAUAUUUUUCAUUGAUUUCAUGCUCCACAACAAUUGAGUAUGAUAAUCAAAUUGUACCAUUACUUCGUCAAAUGUCACAAUUAGAAAAACUUACAUUAUCCCUUAUUGUUCGUAAUCGAACUUCAUUCAUUGAUGGCACUCAUCUGGUUAAUGAUAUUCUUAGUAAAAUGUCAUAUUUACAUACAUUUAUCUUUAACAUCAUCACCGAAGAUGUCACAAUGGACGAAGAACAUUUACCGGUGCCUGAUGAUGCGAAAAGUGGCUUGAUUCAAAGAGGAUAUAAUGUUAACUGUUAUGUUGACUAUAAUGUACUUAGCAAAGCUGAAUGUCAUAUUUAUUCGAUUCCAUUCUCUAUGGACUCUAUGGAAAUUCGUUCUAGUAAAUUUCCUGGUGAAUGGAUUGAAGCAAGAGAAUUACUUGAUGCAUCAUAUGCAAAUAUUCAAUCAAAAAAUUCUAAUCUUGAUAAAUCUAUUCAACAUUUAAUAAUAUCAUAG